ACAAGUGGAUUUUGGGGAUUUUUCGCAUUUGGUUGGCGAAAUUGCUCGUUAAAAUAGCCCCCCAAAUAUUAAAAUUGAGCUUGAAAGUGUGAAAAACAGUUAAAAUUUUUCAUUUUUUUUAGGGAAAUUCACAUGUGACUGAUUGCUCGUAAAAGUGUGAAAAAAAUAGUUUGAUUUUUAAUAUUUUGAUGAAAAUAGGUGGCGUUCACAUCGUUCGUCAUAGCAACGAAAAUUGACAUGACAUUAAUAAUAAUGUCACUUUGACGUUUAAGUAAAUUUAUUUUAUUUACUGAUUGUAUUUAUCGGUUUAUUUUAUUGGAAAAGUGCGUGAGAUUAGUGCUUUUCGAUAUUUCAAUGUACCAGGAGCUCCCAAUAUGGCUACAGCUCUUUAUGCCACCGAUAAAGACACCAGUGACGAAUUGUGGAAAGAAUGUGCGAAAUGGUUAACAAGAUGGGGAAUGUUAAGAACAGACCAUAGAGCCAAUUGGCCUGAUGCUUGUAUUGCUGAUUUAGCUAAUAUUCUUCGAGAUGGUGUCUUACUUUGUAAAUUGCUCAAUAAGAUAAGUCCUGGAUGUAUUGAUAUGAAGAAUGUUAAUUUAAAACCAGCCAUGGCUCAAUUUUUAAGUUUACACAACAUUGAGCUUUUUCUCAAGACUUGUGUUAUCUCGUUUGGAUUGAAAGAUCAAGAUUUGUUUGAUCCAUUGGUGCUUUUCGAGCUCACAAAUUUCCAUAAAGUAUUAUGCACUUUAUCAAAACUCUCACUUACUAAAGAAGCCCAAAAAGGAAAUAUUUUAGGAUUCACUGCUCAAGGUGUCAAAACAAAAGAAGAGGAAGUGAUUUAUCAAAGUCUCAAGUCUGUUUAUGUCAGGACUAAUGAACCAAGUUGGUUACAAUUUACAAUCCCUUGUCCGCGACCUGAAGACAGAGAAGAGGAGGUUUACGACGAUUUGUGUUACGUGACCUUCUCGACUUGUCUACCAGAGCCACAACAAACAUUCGAAAAACGCGAUUUUGUCAUAAAAGAAUUGUUAGAUACUGAAAAAAAUUAUGUUGAAGUUCUUGCCAAACUGAAACGGAAUUUUAUGAAGCCGUUAGCUAAUCAAAUGAAACCCCAAGAUCAUGAAGCUGUUUUUUAUAAAAUUUACGAUUUACACGAAAUACAUUUAGCUUUUUAUCGUGAAUUGACCAGAUUUCGUGAUCCAGGCUAUAGAUUAAGUUCGAUUUUUAUGAAUUGGAGAGAAAGAUUUCUUGUUUAUGGUGGUUAUUGUGCGAAUUUGACACGAGCGACAAAUUUAUUGCAAGAAUUGUGUGAUAGUGAUGAGAAUUUUAAUGCAACAAUUGUGUCAUAUGAGAAAGAAGACAAUAAUGGUAGGUUUAAACUUCGAGAUGUUUUAUCGGUUCCGAUGCAAAGAAUUUUAAAAUAUCAUUUAUUACUCGACAAAUUGAUUGAAAAUACCGAUCCUAACCAUGAGGAAUAUAACGAUUUGAGACGAGCACGUGAAGCUAUGCUCGAUGUUGCUGGUUUUAUAAACGAAGCAGCGAGAGAUAGUGAACAUUUGGCUGUAAUUCAAAAUCUACAAGAAAAUAUUGUAGAAUGGUAUAGAUCACCAGAUCACCGAUUAGUAAAUUAUGGAAGAUUGAUUAAAGAUGGUGAAAUGAAAAUCAAAGCACAUGAUGAUCAAAAAAUCAGAAACCGAUACGUGUUCAUCUUUGAUAAAUGUAUCUUGAUUUGUAAACAAAUCAAAGUUCGUCAAUUUGCAUUUCGAAAUAUUAUUAACAUAAGUGAAUAUCACGUUGAUGAAACACACAAUAGAGCCGUCUUGAGUCGAGAUGCACGUUUUUGUUAUAGUUUUCAUCUUGUGAAGAAUGAUAAUGUUAUGGUUUAUACAAUUUUUGUUCGAACUCUUGAAUUGAAACAACAAAUGAUUAAAGCGAUAAAUGAUGCUUUGGAUAAUAUUCAUCCAGCAGCGCUCAAACGUACAAAUCACACAUUCGAAUUGCAAACUUUUAACGGUCCAGUUCAAUGUUUCCAUUGCUCAAAAUAUCUCAGAGGUUUGAUUUAUCAAGGAUACAAAUGUACAGUUUGUGAAAUCGGUGUUCAUAAACAAUGUAUAGCACAUUCGGGCCGUUGUUGUUCUCAUAAUCAAAAUCCAACGUCCGAUUUAGUCAUGAAUGGAGCCGAUGCUUGUCUUAGAGAUAAAUUGUGGUUUGUGGGUGAGAUGGAUAGGAGUCGAGCACAAAACGAAUUGGAACGACGAGAAAAUGGCACUUUUCUAGUCAGAAUAAGACCACAAAGUGAAGAUAAGGAUAAAUAUGCACUCUCACUCAAGACAAACGAUACAGUCAAACACAUGAAAAUAUGCAAUACAGGGGAACACGAAGGAAAGUAUUAUUUAUCUCUAUCGAAAUUUUUUAAUAACAUUGAGGAAUUGGUGCUCAAUUAUCAAACAAAUAGUUUACGGGAGAAUUUCGAGAGACUGGAAGAAAAUACGAAAUUGUUGUGGCCUUACCGUCAACUGCUUGCAACAGUUAUUCGAAAUUUUGAACCGACCGAUAUUUGUCAAUUGCAACUUCGUGAAGGUCAAAUAAUUUAUGUUAUAGGUAAAGAGGGGUACAGAGAGGGUUGGUGGAAGGGCCGAAAUGACAGAUACGAAAGUGGUUUUUUUCCUAAUGGUGCUGUUCGAAUCGAUGGUGAAGCAAGAUUCAACACUAGUCGUCAUUUUAUGCAAUAAAUAGUCGCGCGACUUGCCAGUAAUUCAUUGUUUUGAUGUGUUCACACAUGAGGAGAAAGCAUUUAUUAUUAUUAAUGUGUAUUUUAAUUUUAUAUAAUAUAAUAUAGAUGUGUCAAGUGUAUCGGUGCCAUAUGGAUAUAUAAAUGACCGAUCAAUUUGGGACGGCCUUUGCAAGUACUACAUACAACGAAAGCCACCCCAAACUAUGAAUAUAUUUUAUGCUAGAUACACGGAUCAAUUUUGUUAUUCUUAAAUGUAUGUUUAAUAAAUCAAAGUAUUGUUUAA